CUAAGUUGCGUCCGGGACUCCGGGGCUCCGGCUGCACCGCACUUUGCUCACAGAAGCCGCCCACAAUUUUGUACAGAGUGGCAUGAUACCAUGGAAGGACAACACAAUCAUGCUCAUCACCUUGGGGGUCAGACCAGCAGCCGAUGCCAUAUGCCAGGGACAGAGUAUCAGCCUGAUUCCCAAAGACACUUGACUACGUUUCCCUAUCGCUGUACCUUAGCUGACUUCCAGAUAGAGAAGAAGAUAGGCCGAGGACAGUUCAGUGAAGUUUACAAAGCAACUUGUCUCUUGGACAGGAAAACUGUUGCUCUGAAGAAAGUCCAGAUAUUUGAAAUGAUGGAUGCCAAAGCCAGACAGGACUGCAUUAAAGAGAUUGACCUCUUAAAGCAACUGAACCACCCAAAUAUCAUUAAGUAUUUGGAUUCUUUCAUUGAAGAGAGUGAGCUGAACAUUGUCCUGGAGCUGGCUGAUGCAGGCGAUCUCUCUCAGAUGAUUAAGUUUUUUAAAAAGCAGAAACGGUUAAUCCCCGAGAGGACGGUCUGGAAGUAUUUUGUGCAGUUGUGCAGCGCCGUGGAGCACAUGCACUCCCGCAGGGUGAUGCACAGAGACAUAAAACCUGCCAACGUGUUUAUAACAGCCACAGGUGUAGUGAAGUUGGGAGACCUUGGACUGGGCCGCUUCUUUAGUUCCAAGACCACUGCAGCGCAUUCCUUAGUUGGAACACCUUACUACAUGUCCCCAGAGAGAAUUCAUGAAAAUGGCUAUAACUUUAAGUCUGAUAUCUGGUCUUUGGGCUGUUUAUUGUACGAGAUGGCAGCUCUUCAAAGUCCCUUCUAUGGAGAUAAAAUGAAUCUUUUUUCUCUUUGUCAGAAGAUAGAGCAAUGUGACUACCCUCCUCUUCCAGGAGAACAUUAUUCUGAGAAGUUGCGGGAACUGGUCAGUAUGUGCAUAUAUCCAGACCCUGACCAGAGACCUGACAUCGGCUACGUGCACCAGCUAGCCAAACAGAUGCACAUCUGGAACGCCAGCACUUGAAUCCAGAAGGGAUGCACAGACAAAGCCAUCGUCACUUAAUCUUACUUGAAUUUCCUUUCUCCAAAGAAGCUGACUGGUGGCCCAUGAGUGGAACAGUUGAGAAGAGGCCCAGAGAGUCCUGCAGGGUUUUGGUCCUGGCCUUAAAGUGAAGAGGCAGUGCAGCCUGGGGGGAGGGGGUGGGGGAAGCUCAUGAUGGUUACCAUUCCUCUUCAAAGGGUCCUUUCUUUUAAACAGUUGUGCAUAAUAUAGGCUAGUUCGGUUAACAAGGGUGUCUCAGGGAAAUUUCCAGUGAAGCACUCUUUGUAUCUCAGAUGUAAUGUGAAAUGCCAAAAAAGAAUUCCUUCAAUGAAUUGUCGGUCAGUGUUUAUGCAAAUAUAAGAUUUGCCACGAACUGGUAAUUUGUAUAACUGCUAAUAACCCUCUUUUGCAAAUGGUUAAUAGUACAUUUAAUUAAGUCCUUCAUAUCCUUUUUAGAUGACCAGAUUCUGUGUUUGGUGUUCUCUGUUGCCAAGUGAAAACAUGGGGAGUAAGAGUAUUGGUUUUGGUUUGGUGGUUUUAAAUUUUUUAAUGGAAAAAGUGGAGAUUGCGCUAAUAUUUUAUCUGUUUAUAACUUGCUAUAAAUAAGAAGUAGAGAAGAGUUAGAAUUAUAGCAUGUUAGAGCUGGAAGGGACCUAAAGGAUUAUCUAAUCCAACUAUUCAUUUUACAGAGAAGGAAACUGAGGCCCAUAGAAGGGAAAUGACUUCCUCAGGGUUACAAUGAAAAAAGUGGCCAAGCCAGGACUAAACCCCCAGCCCAGGAAGCUUCCUCUUCAAGGUUCAAGAAGCAAAAUUUUUGAUGACAUCAUUUAUAUUUCCCUCCAAAAGUCAUCUACUUAAGUAUAGCCAAGGUUUCCUCUCAGUAUUUUUGUUCCACCACUGUCGGCCUUAAAAGUUCAAACAUUUGUGCUGUUUUUACUCAUACACAAAUGCCAACCAAGACUAUGGAUGGCAUCAUUCAAGAGACAUGCCCGAUUCAGUUAUGUACAGAAAGGUUCUACUUAUCUUGUUUUCCCCAACAGGAUUAGUCCAGGUCUAAUUAACUGUGAAAAUGAACUUCUAAAUGUGAACUCAUGGUAAACUUAACUUUUGAAGGAUGUGGAUGGAAGGUUUUUUAACACACAGACAAAACUCAUUCCUGGGAGUUUCUGAUGCUCCAGAGGAUCAGAAUGAAAAGGACCCCCUGGCUAGUGGGAUUCUUGUCCAAAGUGCUUCCCUCCUGCCUGCUCGCCUGAAGUGGAGCUAUGGGGAGGCACUCUACAGGAUUCUGUGCUGGCUGUUGUAUCUCCUCAAACCUACCCCCCAAUGUGUGAAAUGAUUUCUGUGGCCACAAUGUAGGGUUUUGAGAUUUUCUUCAAAUGCAGCAUCUGCUUUAUUCUUAAUAUUUGUUCUCCAUUACUGAAAUAAAACUGGGUCAAGAAAGGUA